AAUAGAAAGAAGACAAAAGGAGAGAGACAGAAAAGAACACACAUUUUUUUUUUUCAUCCUCCCAUCAAUAAUAAAUAAGAUACCUGUCCGUCUGUCCAUCUGUGUGUCUGUGUGUCCGUGUGUCUCCACCUCAAGACACACCUGUGAAUCGUAAACAAACCAACUUCGCCAGGUAAAAGUUAUAGAGGAAGUUAUGAAGAAGUUUACGAUAAUGGUGGUGUUGGUGGUGGCGGCGGUCCUGCUCGGCUCGCCCCCUGCACAGGCCCAGCACUACACCAGCAGAAGUCCAGCCGUGGUCACCGAUCCGAAGCUCAGAAAAGUGUAUGAAUUCCUCUACCCGUAUUAUCAGAAGCCUCGCUACCGCUAUCCUUUCUAUGACGGGGAGGGCAACGGGGAGCUCCUGUACGGCUACGGUGGACCAAGACUCUUCAGGUACACCGUGUUUAAGCCCGUGGAGGGAUACCUGAGGAGACGCUGACGGAGAUGAAGGAAUUACUGCCACGUGUUCCGAAAAGCUAUACUCUCUCGCCACGACUGUUUUCCAAGGCCACGGAGAUGAUUAACCGGGUUUUCAAGUUUUUUUUUUUUUUUUUUCGUUUCGUGUUAAUGAUGUUGAUAGUUGUUAUGUCACUGAGGUCAUAAAAACGUCCUUUCAAAACAGUGUAGCUUCAAAUAGAGUCUUGAAAAUAGAAGUGGUUUACAAUGUGGUUUACUGAGAGAGAGAGAGAGAGAGAGAGAGAGAGAGAGAGAGAGAGAGUAGAAUCGAUAUGUUACGUGCGGGUGGUAACAACAGCAAACACACACACACACACACACACACACACACACACACGUUGGCAUUAGUGAUUACCACACAUCUGCUUCGUUACCAGUGUUCGAUGAAUGAAAAAAAAUUGUAAACACGAACAGACAGACAAACAUCAACUGUCGAAUAAAGAUAAGCCAUAAAAGGUCCAGAAAGUAAAUAGAUAAGGAAAACAGAAAAGAAUUAAUGAUUACUUGUAGUUGUAUUGUAGCUAUUGUUGUAGUUAUUGUUGUGUUGAUGUCAGUCUUUCAAAGUUAUCCUCUUCACACACACACACACACACACACACACACACACACACACACACACACACACACACACACACACACACAAGGCGUAAUUAUAACAUUUCAUAGUAGCCUCAGAACAUUUUGUUAGUAAAUUAAAACAAAAACAGUAAUAAUUGUCAUUUCCCUAGUACAAGUACAUACUAUUGUUGUGUUAAUAUGUUGCAUUGUUUCUAAUAAAGAUUGUAAACACU